CAGCCCUGCCUUUCCAGACCCCGCCAGCCCUCGCGCGCUCCUUACAAACCUGCGAAGUGUCUCUGGAGACCGGAGAGAAAGGCAGGUGGAGCUGGAGAGAGAAGGGACGUCUGCUAGGUCCUAGUGCCAUUGAGGUUCCCUUGCCUCUGGCCCUUCCUGCCACUGGCCCGAGCUCUGCUCGGGGCCGCUCCGCUGCCCGCUGCCCUAGCGUCUGCUUCCCUCUGCUAGUCUGGGAGCCUCUUAGAGCUUACUAGGAAUCUGCCUCAUGCGAGGGUGUAACUCCCCGGGGGAGGGUGUUUCCAAUCCAUCAGGAAGCCUGAGGAAAGAGGGUUCGAUCUCUAAGAAGUAAUUAUCACUCUGCCUGUUUGGUCACAUCAUUUACUGCUUCCCUAUAACUGAGAUAUUGCCAAAGAGUCUAACUCAAAUCAACUGUGGAAAGAUGCAUCUCUAGUAUGACGACCCUUAGCAAUGUCAUCGCCACCCACCAGUCUGAGUGGGUAUCUUUCAAUGAGGAGUCACUCUUUCCUGUUACUUCAGAAGGUGACCCUGAGAAUCUUGUUCCAGGGCUGUCUUCUUCCUCAGAAAGGUCAGAGAGCUCCUCUGGGGAAAACCAGACAGUGGAUGGAGAAUCUCAAGAUCUCUUUCAUUCAGAGCAGGGUGAUAGUUCAGAGAAACUGGGUCUCAUCUCAGAGCCAUCAUCCCCACCUGACAACCUGGUCCAACCCAAACCUGAUUUGGCCUCCGCCAUUAGCACUUGGGUCCAAUUUGAAGAAGAUACACAAUGGACCAACACUUCGACAACUCACAAAGAAACAGCCUCGCCACUAACCAUGUCCUGCUGGGCAUGUCCCUCUUUCAACACCUUGGGAAGAUGUCCCCUCACUUCAGAGAGCAGCUGGACCACCCGCUCUGAGGACACUAGUAGCCCAAGUAUUGGCCCAUCAUAUAUAGACAUGCAAGCUCUCGAUGCUGAAGAGCAAACAAGUGGUGGAGCCUCAGGAGCUGAUUCUGCUGACAAUUCUUCCUCUCUCCAGGAAGAUGAAGAAGUAGAGAUGGAAACCAUCAGCUGGCACACUAGUGACCCAGCUAUGAAUGGACCAGCUGCCACCCCAGUGACCUCAGUUCGUUUUCCCAGCUGGGUGACUUUUGAUGACAAUGAAAUCAGCUGCCUUCUGCCACAAAGCACUUCUACUUUACAGCCAGCCCCAGCUUCCAUUGUACCUCCUAUACAAGAUGUGAAUUGUAACUUAACUGGAUCCUUUAAGAAGAGAGAACGUCCCAAGAGUAGCUUGGUAGACUUCUCAAAAGUUCAAAAACUAGAUAUUUCUUCCUUAAACAGACCACCUUCCAUAAGUGAGCCCCCACCUUGGAGGGCAACUAAUCCCUUCCUGAAUGAAACCCUGAAAGAUGUGCAGCCUUCUCCCAUUAACCCUUUCAGUGCCUUCUUUGAGGAGCAAGAAAGGCGUUCCCACAAUAAUUCCAUCUCCAGCACCACAGGAAAAAGCCAGAGGGAUUCCCUCAUUGUCAUAUAUCAGGAGUCAGAGGCCAUCACCUUUGAUGAUUCAGUCAAGAAGAGAACACACUCUGAUGCUGUUGAGAAGCUCAAACAACUACAGAUUGGAGAUCCAGACCACCUUGGCAGCACCACGCUACCUGAUGAUGACGCUGCAUCAUGGAGUGGACUGGAUGAUGAGCUGAAGAGUUCAAACCUGUCUUGGCCCAGAGAUGGUUGGCCCAUGAUGCUAAGGAUCCCUGAAAAGAAGAACAUUAUGUCUUCUAGGCAUUGGGGACCAAUCUACGUAAAGCUCACAGACAGUGGCUGCUUACAGUUGUAUUAUGAGAAGGGCCUAGAGAAACCAUUCCGAGAAUUCAAACUGGAGAUGUACCAUGAGAUUUCGGAACCUAAGCUCCAGAACUAUGAUGAAAAUGGGAGAAUUCACAGCAUGCGAAUAGACCGUGUUACAUAUAAAGAGAAGAAGAAAUAUCAACCUAAACCAGCUGUGGCUCAUAUGGCUGAACGGGAGCAAAUAAUUAAGCUAGGAACCACCAGCUAUGAAGACUUCUUGAGUUUCAUCAGGGCAAUCCAGGACCACCUUAUGAGUUUGCCAGUGUCAUCCAUGGACCUAAGCACAGUGGGCUUGAACUAUCUAGAGGAGGAGAUUACAGUGGAUGUCAAAGAUGAAUUCUCUGGCAUCCUGAGCAAAGGAGACAACCAGAUUCUUCACCACCAAGUCCUAACACAUAUUCACGUGCUAAGUUUUCUUUCUGGACUUGCAGAGUGCCAUCUGGGCCUCAAUGACAUCCUUGUGAAAGGAAAUGAAAUAGUCUCCCGGCAGGAUAUCAUGCCCACCACCACCACCAAAUGGAUAAAACUCCAUAACUGCCAAUUUCAUGGAUGUGUAGUUGAGGAGGUGUUCAACAACUCCCGAAUCAUCCUGUUCAACCCCUUAGAUGCAUGUCGCUUUGAGUUAAUGCGAUUUAGGACAGUUUUUGGAGAAAAGACUUUGCCUUUCACCCUUAGGACUGUGGCGAGCAUCAAUGGGGCAGAAGUAGAACUGCAAAGCUGGCUAAGGAUGUCAACCGGCUUCUCCUCUAAUCGUGACCCUCUCACCCAAGUUCCCUGUGAGAAUGUGAUGAUCCGAUAUCCAGUGCCCAAUGAGUGGGUGAAAAAUUUCCGGAGGGAAAGCGUUCUAGGGGAAAAAUCUUUAAAAGCCAAAGUGAACAAGGGGGCCAGUUUUGGAUCAACCAGUAUAUCUGGCUCUGAGCCAGUCAUGAGAGUAACUUUGGGUACUGCCAAGUAUGAGCAUGCUUUCAAAUCCAUUGUGUGGAGGAUAAAUCGGCUACCUGACAAAAACUCAGCUUCUGGUCACCCUCACUGCUUCUUCUGCCACCUUGAACUUGGCUCUGACCGGGAAGUGCCUUCCAGAUUUGCUCGCCACGUAAAUGUUGAGUUCAACAUGCCAACCACCUCUGCCUCCAAAGCCACCGUCAGAUCCAUCUCUGUGGAAGACAAGACUGAUGUCAGGAAAUGGGUCAACUAUUCUGCACACUACAGCUACAAGGUGGAAAUUGAACAGAAACAGAAUUUGAGAUCAGACUUUGAAGGAGACGAAAUUGAAAAUCCCAAAGAGUGUGGAGUACAGUGAAGAAGACCUACUACACCGAAGCAAUGAUGGUUUCUCAUCCUGCCUAAUAGAAGUACAAGUCAGUACUUUACCACAACCACUCUUCAAUGUGGCAGUGUCUUAGAAUUCCCUGCUCACAACCUCCUGGAUGUAGACAGGAAACUGAAUGGUGGUUGGUUUGACAAGACUGGUUGGCUUUAGAUUAUGAAUUGAACAUGUAGUUCAAUUGACUUUGGGGGCUUACUGUCCAAUUAAGCCUGCCUAUCUCCCUGAUUUUUCUCUGCUUGCCUUUCAGAAGUGAUGUGUGGUAUAUAGACUGCUUUAGACAUAACUCCUUCCAUCUUAGAGUUGGAAUAUUUCUCCCUGGUAUUUUUCUAUCCCUUGUGUGAGUUUCCUUUUAAAAAAAGAGAGAGAGAGAGAGAGAGAUGUUUAUGUUGGGGAUUGUGUGGCGGACACAUAUUCCUAAAGGGUUAAAUUCACCAAGUACUAAUAUCUCCAUCUCUUUAGUUUAGGAAAAAUUAAGAAGAGAUAUAAAACCAUUGUGGUGUUCUUCCUAUCUGGGCCUCUUUGAUGUUUUCCCUCAUCCUUUAACUCUAAAACACUAAACAACAGCAAGAUUUCGGAGUCAUUUUUAGUCUUCACUUUAGAAACACUUCUAUUCUUUAUCCUUCUAAGAUUUCAGUUCCAUAAACUUGCCCUUACAAGGCUGUUCACACUAGGUUAUAGAAGGAAUUCAAGAUAAAGGCCCAGGAGAGUAGUUUUUAAAGAUUAGAUCAGUAGUCCUGUGCCAGGCAAUCAUUUGAAAGGAAAGAAAGUUUAUUUGAAUAAAAUCUUUUUCAGCCCAGGGCAUUAGUCACCAGUUUAUAUUCAAUUCAUGAGAGGAACACUUUCAUUCAGUGUGUAAAAUAAAUAUUGUUUGUAUUUAGUAGAACCUUGAAAAUAAAACAAUGACAAAAACGUUUCCUUAUUUAUACUUCAGAGCAGAUAUGCAGGUACUUCUUAGCAUCUACAUUUCAUUUGAAAAUAAUUUAAAAAAACAAAUUUAGAACACUUUUAAAAUUUAAUUUACACAAGUGUGUCCAAAAUAUCAGUAACAUGAUAAAAUUGUUGUUUGUCCUUUUUAACAAGUCUAAUAGAGAGAAGGAAGGUUUUGUUUUUGUUUUUGAAUAUAGAAUCCUGGUUCUGAAGACAUUGUUUUUGGAACACUAAAUUUUCUCAACACUUCUCUUAUCCUUAGCCAUACUCAGUGCCACUUCCUUCACCUCCCCCAUCUAGUAUAGUUUUGUCUGUCAAAAGCAUAAUUAGAUUUUCUUUCUUUUGGGUUGAGGGGUUUGCUCACUCUUGGCCCUCCCUCUCAUCCUCAUCAUCCUUCCAUAAUGAAAAACAUAUAAUAUCUUUUAGCCAGUACUCAGAUGGCAUAAAACUUAUUAGAGGUAGGUAGAACACUGGGACAAAUCAGAAUCAGAUAUUUUAAAAAUUGACAGGCUGAAAAAAUGAGGCAAAAUUAACUAAAUAAAUGUAAAAUCCCAUGCUUUCCAAAAAAAAAAAAACACACACAAAGAGGAGAAAAAAAUAUAGCUAAUCUAAUAGCAAUCCAUAUUGGAGGGAAAACAGAUGUGUGCAUUUAGUUCAUAAUGAAGUCAGUAUAGGCAAACAUUAUGUCAUGGCUGCUUUUAAAAACUAAUAAUAAACACAUUCUUUUCCACAGAGUAGACCACACUGGUUAAGUUAAAUUACAAGUUUGAGUAUGUCCACAAGGGGGCGACCAAAGUAAUAGAGGGUAGAAGAACUAUUGUCAUCUGAUGAUCAGUUGAAGCAACUGGAAAUGUUGAGCCUGGAAAAAGAAAUGAUUCCUGACUUCAAGCAUUUGAAGAGCUGUUACCCAGAAGAGGGAUUAGUUUUAUGGCUUGUUUUUUGUUUCUUGUUUUUUCUGCUUGACCCCAGGGAAUAGAACAGAAAGUUCCUAAAAUCUUUCUGCUGUCAAGGUCAUUAGUUCAGCCAGAAAGAGAGAGAGAGAGAGAGAGAGAGAGAGAAAGAGAAAGAGAGAGAGAGAGAGAGAGUCUUUUACAUUUACUUCGUAUUUACCCUGAAGUCAUUAGGAUACUAUGACUUUAAGUCCCAUUUAGGGGCUUCUUGGCUUGAGGCAUUGUGUGUAACAGACCCAAGGAACACAGCCUUUGGAAAUUAGCCUUCAUUUUUGAUGUGCAUACUUACUGACUGCUUUGGAAGGGAAUUUUUAUACAUGGCUUCAAAGAGUCUUCUCUGUGUCACUAGAUCAAGGAGUGAGAUUUUUUUAUUAAUCACAACACAGAUCAAGCAAUUCCACAGGCCGUUACUUUUAAAAAUUUCCUUGUUUUAAGCCUAUUACUUUACUCAUUAACCCAAGUAAAAGGCUAAGAAAUGAAUUCAAGAAGACCUGACAAAGAAGCAUGUCUAGGAUAGGUAUUUUUUGAACCAUUCAUUCCCUCCUCCCUAAAUUCUUGCUCAUCCUAAUCAUUUCUUAUAUUUUAUCUGCAUUUUUUUUUUUUUUUUUUUUUUUGCAUUUUACUGUUUGGAUAAAGAUUCCUGCUUAACCUAUUUUUUUUUUUUUUUUUUGUUAUUUCUUGUCACUUUCAUUCUUCCUUUUUUUCUUUCUACAACUUCCAGGACUCAUAACAUAUGAAAUGUAAAUAAAGGUAUUUUCACUUUUCAAAUAUGAAAUCAUUUCUAUUUUUAUACAGUUUUUGAGGGGGGAGAAAAGUGGGGAAGGUGGCAGAAGUGUGAUUUUAUUUUCCCAGAUAAUUGUUUAUACUAAAUGAACUCAAUCCAUACUAGGAUUUUUAGAAGUAAAUUAGUAAUCUUUAGUUUACUACUCCUUUUUGGGGAGAUAUAAAAGAAAUGAGGGCAGGGGACCAAUGGAGACUUUGCCUCUAUUAAGAAUUUUAAAUAAAUAUUUUCUUCCUCUCACUUCUAAAAGUGCAUUAGCAGGUAAGCAAAAGUCUUCACCUUACUUAUUUCUAAUUGCACUUUAAUCCCUUCUCAGAAGGAAUGAAAAUAGAAGCUUCAUUAAUUCUCACCUGUGCCUCAGUGAAAGCUCAUACUAAAGCAAGAAAUGCCUCCUAUUUCCCAAAGGAAUUCAAUCAUUCUCCUCCCACUCCUUUCCAUUUCCCAAUGGUAACAGCACUUAUCUCAUUUAAUGGACUGUUGUAUUUAUUAUGCCCUCUUCUUUUCUAUUUAUGACUGUUAUUCAAAGGAUAGUAAAAUAUAGAUAUCUUCUCAGUUCAAGGGUAUGGACUCAGUUUGGGCUCUCUCAAAGUUAGAAGAACCUAGACACUACAAUGUUUAUUUUGGCCUUGGUGCAUCAAACUUUUACUUGUGUGAUUUUCCUCAGAACCAGCCCAGGAAUUAAAUAUAAUUUUUCUUAUCUAGAUUUUUACCUUUCCAUAAUAAUUUAGUAGAGUCUUACCUGAUUUGAGAAUAUAUGUAUGUGUGUAUGUGUAUAUACAAAUAAAUAUAUACACACAGAGAGGAGAGAGAUCAAACAAUUAUAUUAUAAUUGAUUUCUAUGUAAUCUGGAAGAUAGAACAAUGGAAUAGUCCAUAUUUUCCAGAAAUAGGGAAGCAUUUAAAAAUGAAAUCUCCUUCUUUCUUACCCCCCAAAUAAAAAUGUAUGUACGUAUAUGUUAUAUAUGUAUAUGCACAUGCAUACAUAUGAAAAAUCUCUAGCCAAUUUUGGCAACUUUGUAAAUGCCUUUGGCCAAGGCUAUGAGGUCCAGUCUCCUGAACUUGUUUGUUGAGUCCUGAACUCAUAUCUGUUAGUGCCAGUUCUCUGUAGCUUUGAUAUCUCAUAAUUUCUGCUCUGGCCAGAUUGGGGGUUUUUGUUUAUUUGUUUUUUUAUUUUUCUACUAGAAAGAAAAGUAUGUUUUUAUGGAAAAUUAUGUACCUUUCUCAGAAGCUAUUUAUUAAAAGAGAAGGAAUUUUACAUAGAAAAUGAGAGUAAUGAUGGAUUUCAUGAAGUAUGUUAUUUUAAACAAAUAAUUCAAAGUAAAAAGUCUGUAUGAGGUCAUCAGAUGUUGAAACUAGAAAUGGGCCUAUUUAUCAAAGAUAGUAGGUGAAGUAUGGUGAGCAUAUUCAACAGUAAUUGAGAGCUACCCUUUUUUUUUGUUUUAAAAUUUGAAGGAAUAAAUGUUUCUCUAGUUUCCUCUGAAUUUCUAGAUCCAAACAGUUUUCAAAGCCUCAAACCAAUAAGAUUGUUUUUGAAUAUCUAGAGAGACCUCUGCUUUGUUCUUCUAAAUGUAUUGGUCCCAAAAUUAAAAUGGUAGCCUGUUCCUUAAAUAUAUUAGUCUAAUGUGCUACAUUAACUUUGUUUUAACCAUGGCAUAGAUAUACCUGGUAUUUUAUAUCAAUCCUUCAGGAAGAUAUGAUGGAACUAGAGAACUUCAGAAAAGCACUGCCAAAAUGGCAAAUGAAAUAUAGCAGGUUUCAUGAAUAUAUAUAGACUCAAAAUUCAAGACAAGUUGAACAUAGACAUAGUCAUAAAAUUGAAGAAUAUUAGAAUGGUAAGCACCCUUAAAUGUUUAUAUUAGAAUGUUAGAAUACAUUAUAAAAUGUUACAACUGGAAGGGUCAUCUUGAAGACUUAUUUUGUCCAAAACUUUCACCACCAUUGAUUGUAAUUUUAUAGAUGAGGAAACUAAAGCCACAAGAGUAGAGAUGAUCCCUAGGCCAAACAAUGACAGCUAGAGUUUAGACUUUGUUAAUUGGAGUUUGAAGACCCUGCUCUGAAUUUUGUAAGUUUUGUGGCAUUGGUCAAGUCACAGCAUCUGAGUUUCACCCAUUUCCUCAUCUGUAGAGUGGAGAUGUGGCUGAACAGCACUUCUUAAACCAUAAAAUACUAUGAGAAUAUGAGUGUUUCCAUGACUACUGCUUUUUAAAAACAGCUUUAUGUUGCAAGAUUAAACAUAAGAAUUUCAUUAUCUUAACAAGUCAUAAGGGUUGAAAAUAAAGCAAUCAAAAAAGUUUUGAUGAAUCCAUGUAUGAUAAUCGACUAUCAAUCUAAGGGAAUGGUUAGUGCACAUCCUUAAUUUUUUAAAGACCAAAAUCUCAUGAUUAACAUGAGUGAUUACUAUAUAAAACAAUUCACCUCUCUAGGCCUCAGUACCCUUAUCUGUAAAAUGAUUGGGCCAAAUUAGAUGAUUCCUAAGGUUCCUGCCAGCCACAAUAUUUUAUGAUUCUUUCAUAAAAUGUCCCUUGAUGCCAUUUGGUAUCCAAAAUAACAAAUGGAUCAUGGGUCUGACCCUGUAUAUUAUUUCUUGUGUUCUUAUGAACCAAGGAAUUUUAAAAGUAUAAUGCAAGUAGAAAUUAAUUUGUCUUGCUCUGAAAUCUUCGAUCAGCAUUUCCUCUUCCCUAAUUGCUACUAUUUGCCCAGAAUGGAAAUAAAGGAAAUGCUGUAGUCUGUUGUUCUCCAUAAGACUUUUUAAUACAAAAAAAAAAAAAAGGUAGGAAGAAAUUAGGGGACCAGAGUGGAGUAGAGAUAAUUAAUUGGAGAGUAGCACCCCAUGAACUGCUUGGAGGAAGAGGGUUUGCUCUAUAUCUUUGGGGGAACCUAACCUCUAAACGAGUGAGUAAAAUAUCAGAAUUAUGAGAAUUAGAAACAACCAGAACAUCCUUUAAUUGGAUUGAAUAAUAGAAGACUUUCAUUAGACCUUGAAAAGCCUUAUCAGGCUAAUAUUGCUUGGCCCCAAAUUAUUUAUAUAUUCCUAUAAAAAUGUUUAAGAUGGAGAAGAGAGGUAAAUAUACUUGGCAUUUUUGUAUGAAAAGUAAAACCAAAAGAUUUUGCUCUGCCAAACUAUCUUUUUACCUUGCCUUGCCUACCUUCUUACCCGAGUGAAAGUAUAUCUUUUGCCUCUGUAGCAUCAAGAUUAUUAAAAAAUGAGAUAUAUAAUUAGUUAACAUCCUAUGAUUCUUUCAAAAGUGUUGCAUAUUAUUUAAGUCUUAGAAGCUCAAAUCAGAGGACUUGGGUUCUAGAACUGCCUCAAAUCCCUAGACCUCAGUUCUCUCAUCUAUAAAAUGAGAGGUUUGGAAUAAAUCAACUGUGAAUUUCCUUCCAGGUCUUUAUAAAUCUGAAAAUUCUUCAACCAACCAAUCUCUUAGAAAUACUCUCCAUUUUUUUUUUAAAGCUACAAACAUCUCACCAAGGGCCAGCUACAAAAUAUCAUUUCUUUUUUCACUUGUGAUAUGCUUAGGCAUGUUUUGAAUUAAUUUUAAUUGACUUGAAACUGUUCAAACCCAGUAAAGAGUCCCUGUCUCUGCUUCUCUUCCCUAUUUACUUUCUGCCUCUGGUGUUAUCUUGGACACCCAUUCUAGCCAAACUGUGAUUUCAUGAAGCCUUAAGCACCAUCGCCUCACCUCAGAGUGCUUUAGGGCCAGCUGUACAUAUACCAUAUAGUGUCUUAUGGAAAGGUUAAUGAAAACAUUAACUGGAAACAUGCAGAAGUCCUCUCAGAAGCUUAUAGCCAUAUAGAUAUAGGAAUCCAAGUGUUCCAAAGUGAAACAGGUUCCUAAGAGCGCCAGGACAACCAAAAUUGAAAUCAAGUAGACAUUUAAUCUUUAUUUCCAAUGGCUGACAGAUCCUGGAAGGUUGCUUUGGUACUUUAAUGGGAUAAAUUAGAAAGAGAAAAAUUCUGAUAAGGGGUGACUUAGCUGUAUGCCUCUUGCAUACAUCUUGGCAUAGUGAAAGGUUUUGUGAUCAAAAGACUUAGGCAGGAAUCUCAGCUCUAUCACUUUUUCCCUAAGUGACUUUGAAAAAGCCACUUCUUCCCUAAUUCCUCAGUCCCCUUAUUUGCAAAAUAAGGGUAUUGGCUAGAUGAUUUCUAAGGCCUUCUCAAGCUCUGAAUCUUCCUGAUAUUAUCUUGUCUGUAACAAAUUCUAAACCAUCAGAAUGGCUGAGACUAAAGUCUCAUUUUAGCUGCUCUUACACUUGUUCAUCAUUUAUUUUCACUUCAUGUAACUACUUGCACUAUUGUAAUUGAUUUUAUGUAAUAAGCAGUUUAAUUUUUGUAUAUGUGCAUAUACAAUAAAGUCUACACACUGGCCAUCUUUGUAGAAAUGGAAUUUGUUUGUUUUCACAUUCCUAUUGAGGAUAAUGAGUGAUGCCAAUUUUUGUUAAUAGAAAUGAACUGUUAAUAAAAAGUUUUCAAAGUUGA